GGGCGUUUCGUCAGCAGGAGCGGCACUAGCAUUUUCCUUCUCCUUCAGUUGUAUAAACCAAGAAGCCAAGCCCAGAGACACCACCCCCAUGGUUGAGAUCAAGAACCCUCUGUACGAUACUGCGGCGCCGUCCACGCAGGCUCUGCACGCAGCCGACCACCUGCAGGUGACGCCGGACGUGGCCGCGCCAAUCACGGUGUCGACCAUCUACGAGUACUCCUCUGCCUCGGUCACCGCCAACAACUACGGGCCGGACCAGCGCUACGUGUAUGCGCGCGAGGGCACAGCUACCACCACCAAGGCGGAGGCAGCGCUGAGCACGCUGACCGAGGGCCACGCGGUGCUGUACGGCUCGGGGCUGACGGCGUCGCUGGCGGUGCUGGUGGAGCUGAAGCCCAAGAAGAUUGCAAUCGGGCACGCGUACUUUGGCGUCAAGAAGGUGAUUGAGCAGUACCAGGGCCUGGUGCCUGGCGUGCAGGUGGUCGGGGCCGAGUGCGACUACGCUGGCGUUGAUCUGGUGUGGAUUGAGUCGCCGAUCAACCCCACCGGCGAGGUCCUCGAUAUCGAAAAGUACGCGCUGCGGGCGCACGCUGCGGGCGCCAAGCUGGUGGUGGACGCGACGUUCGCGCCGCCGCCCAUCAGCUACCCGUUCCGCCAGGGCGCUGACAUUGUUGUGCACUCGGCGACCAAGUACAUGGGCGGCCACAGCGACCUGCUGGCGGGCGUGGUUGUUGCCAAGGAUACCAAGACAGCCGAGAGCCUGCGGUACGCGCGGUACAUUCUGGGGCUGAACGCGGGCAACCUGGAGGCCUGGCUGCUGCUGCGGUCGCUCAAGACGCUGCCGGUGCGGAUCACGCAGCAGUCGGCGACUGCCAAGCGCAUCGUUGCGCUGCUGGAGUCGCACCGCCGCCUGGCUGUGCAUACCGCCUGCCACACGCCCUCGGCCGAGCAGACUUCGGUGGGCAAGGCCAUCCAUGGCGUGCAGCACGCGUCGCUGCAGCAGAUCUGCCCGCCGUUCGACGUGGCCCGGCAGCACCCGCAUGGCUUUGGCGCUGUGUUUGCCGUCAACUUCCGCUCCAAGGAGCAGGCGCUGUUUGUGGCCCGCCAUCUCAAGCUGCAUGCGUUCGCCACGUCGCUGGGCGGCGUUGAGUCGCUGGUGGACUGGCGCCAUGGCUGGGACGUCACUGCCGAGCCGACGCUGCUGCGCGUCAGCGUGGGUCUCGAGAGCUACGAGGAUCUGGCUGCCGACUGGAAGCAGGCGCUGCUGGCCCUGGACGACCACGAGCGGAAGCAGGCUGCCAAGCUCUAAACCAUUUUUCACCUAUUGUAAAGUGUGCAAUAUAUAGCAAUCGAGUGUGUCACAGACUACCGAGAGACAAAGCCGGGCGCCAGCUUGUUGACAGUUGGCUUUUCGUGCUGCCAGACACUAUUGCACAAGCAGCCAUUUUUCGCCCUUCUUUCCCCCCUUCUCAUUUCAAUUUCUCAGUCCU